UAACUGCCACAAAUCUCAAUCCACUGCAGCUUAAUUUCCUUCAAUGGGUCUCGGUAGUAAUGCUAUGCUAGUAUUUGUCCUCCUAACAGUCUCUCUGGUGGCAAGUAAUGGUCAGGGAAGAACAUUUAUUGUUGGAGGCUCUCAAGGGUGGCGCUCUGGCGUCAACUACACUGAUUGGGCUAUCCGAAACAGCCCCUUCUACAUAAAUGACAAACUUGGUGACAAAUCUCUCUUACUUAGUUACAUAUUUUCAGGUAUGGUCCACCAAGUGGCAGGAACCCUCCACAUAGUGUCUACUUACUACCGAGCCUAUGGAACUAUGGCAGGUGUGACUUCACGGGAGCAAGGCUUUUGGCGAACCCGAGACAAGGAAAGGGGGUGGGUUUUACAUAUGUGGUGGAUCAAUGGAAAGUUCACUACUUUGCCUCUGGUGAAGACAAUGGAAGGAAUUGCAAGGAUGAGUUGAUGAGGUUUUUCGUGGUGCCAUGGCCGCGUCCCAGCGAAUGAUCGAUUAUGCACUAUUACUCGGUUUUAUCAUCAGUUGAUUAAUGUAAUGUUCAAAUUAAAGAGGGGUUCAUCUUCUCUUUGUUGUCGUGAUGCUGAUACUGCAUUAGUUACUUAAAAGUGCCGGCGAGAGAAUUGUAUUGUACUACAGAAUAAACUUGCUUGCUUUUGUGUCGAAAUAUAAUGUUCACUGUGUUCGAAUAUGGUAUAAAUAAUAUGAAAAUGUUUCAACUUUGUUGGGAUACAA